AUGCCGCGAAUUACUCAAGAGAUAUCUUACAAUUGCGAUUAUGGUGACAAUACUUUCAACCUUGCUAUUGAUAUAGGAGGCACCCUGGCCAAGGUCGUCUUCUCGCCUCUACACAGUAACAGACUAAUGUUCUACACCAUUGAAACAGAGAGAAUCGACAAGUUCAUGGAACUCCUGCAUUCUAUCAUCAAAGAACAUAACAAUGGAUGCUAUGAAAUGACUCAUAUAAUUGCCACUGGUGGUGGCGCCUUCAAGUUUUAUGAUCUAUUGUAUGAAAACUUUCCUCAAAUAAAGGGCAUAUCGAGGUUUGAAGAAAUGGAGGGCUUAAUUCAGGGUUUAGACUUCUUUAUUCAUGAGAUUCCUGAUGAAGUUUUCACUUACAACGAUCAAGAUGGCGAAAGGAUAAUACCCACCAGUUCUGGCACCAUGGACUCAAAAGCUAUCUACCCGUACCUUCUAGUCAAUAUAGGGUCGGGUGUUUCCAUGUUAAAAGUCACUGAACCGAAUAAUUUUAGUAGAGUUGGCGGUUCUUCACUGGGAGGAGGAACCCUUUGGGGCCUGCUAUCACUAAUUACUGGCGCCCAAACUUAUGACCAGAUGCUCGAUUGGGCGCAAGAGGGUGACAAUUCUAGCGUUGAUAUGUUAGUUGGAGAUAUUUAUGGAACAGACUAUAAUAAAAUUGGCCUGAAAUCUUCAGCUAUCGCAAGCUCAUUUGGUAAAGUUUUCCAAAACAGAAUCACUUCCAACAAAUCUUUGGCGAAUGACGAGAAUAAAUUAUAUUCCUCACAUGAGUCUAUUGAGGAAAACAACGGACAAAUGUUCAAAAACCCUGAUAUUUGUAAAAGCCUUUUAUUCGCCAUCUCCAACAAUAUUGGACAAAUAGCCUAUUUGCAAGCUAAAAUCCACAAUAUACAGAAUAUAUAUUUUGGCGGAUCUUAUACCAGGGGACAUUUGACAACCAUGAACACUUUAAGCUACGCUAUUAAUUUCUGGUCGCAAGGAUCAAAGCAAGCGUUCUUUCUCAAGCAUGAAGGCUAUUUGGGUGCAAUGGGUGCUUUUCUAAGCGCGUCUCGUCAUUAA